CAUCUCGCAGCGGUGGCUCUCGACUCUUACCUUUACACCCCUUGUUGUGACGACCGCGAAUGGCACGCACGUUACGCUGCGAAGACUACACGGUGGGAUGGGUGUGCGCGCUGCCCGUCGAGCUGGCGGCGGCGCAGGAGAUGCUCGACGAGGAGCACAACACGCCCCCAUAUGACGCCCACGAUACGAACCUCUACACCUGCGGACGCGUUAGCGAACACAACGUAGUGAUCGCCUGUCUGCCUGAAGGGCAAACGGGCACCAACUCGGCCGCAGCGGUCGCUGUGCAGAUGAAGUCGACCUUCUCGUCGACCCGGUUUGGCCUGAUGGUGGGUAUCGGCGGCGGCGUUCCGAGCGAGGAAGCAGACAUCCGGCUUGGAGACGUGGUGGUGAGCAAGCCGCACAAAACGCACGGCGGAGUGGUGCAGUACGACUCGGGCAAGGCUACGCCGAGCGGGUUCGAGCGGACGGGAGCCCUUAAUGCGCCGCCGACCGUGCUGUUGAACGCGGUUGCGAACCUGCGGGCUAAGCAGAUGAGAGGUAGGGGCAGGCUGCUGGAGUACCUGUCCAAGCUCGACAGUCUGCCCGACUUCAGUCGUGAAGCUGCCGGCUCGGACACUCUUUUCGAGAUGGAAUAUGACCAUAUAGGAGGACGAGCAACGUGCGCGAAGUGCAGCACAGAGUACGCAGUCACUCGGGAGAUACGGAAACAAGAGGUGGUAGUGCACCAUGGGACCAUCGCGUCUGGCAACCAGGUGAUGCGGAGCGCUGCCGAGAGAGACAGGGUCAGCGCGGAACUGGGCGGAGUGCUGUGCUUCGAGAUGGAAGCGGCAGGGCUGAUGAACAGCUUCCCGUGCCUUGUAGUGCGCGGGGUGUGCGACUAUGCAGACUCGCACAAGAACAAGCGGUGGCAGGCGUACGCAGCGGGGACGGCGGCAGCGUACGCGAAGGAGGUGCUUUCAGUAAUUCCGCCAAGCAUGGUCGAAGCUGAGAAGAAGAUCAGUGAAGUCCUGUCCGUCAUAACAGACAUCCACCAAGUUGCAGAUGACCACAGGAACAUCGCAAAAGACGGACUGGCUGUUUCGCAGAAGUCACUUGAGUUCCAACAAAAAGCACACGAGCGGAAGCUAUCCGAUCGGCAGGCAGAGUGCCUUCAGCUGUUUCGACUCACCAAAAGCACUGAGGAUGUUACAUACGAGGAGUAUAAAGAACGCAUAGCAGACAGAGUAGAGGGCACAUGCAUGUGGUUCCUUAAUCACCCUCAUUUCCAAAAAUGGAAGGAGAAGGAGUCAGGGCCGCUACUUGUGUCCGCAGACCCUGGGUGUGGGAAAUCAGUGCUGGCCAAGUGCCUGAUUGACCAAGUCUUGACAGGGUCCUCAACAGUUUGCUACUUCUUCUUCAAAGACCAGGUCCAGAACACAGUACGUGAGGCGCUCUGUGCUCUGCUGCACCAGCUGUUCUCCCAGAAGUCAAGUCUUCUUGCACAUGCUAUCAAACGGUAUGAAAAGGACGGCAAAGGUCUAGUGAACUCAAAAAACUCGCUCUGGACCAUUUUUGGGGAUGCUGUGAAAGAUCCGAAUGCCGGCUCUAUCAUCAUCGUUCUGGACGCACUGGAUGAAUGCGCCGAAUCUGAAAUGGAAGGUCUGAUGCACAAUAUCGAGACUGAAGUCCGGAACUGCGAAUCUAGCGGUGCGAAAGUUAAGUUUCUGCUGACAAGCCGACCAUAUGAGCACAUUAUAUCCGAGCUUCACAGUCUGUCUGAAGCCUAUCCACAUAUUCAUAUACCUGGAGAGGAUGAGUCAGAGACGAUUAGUCGAGAAGUGAACUGUGUCAUAAGAUAUCGAGUGGACCAGUUCACGAAAAAGGAAAGGCUCUCGGAAGAGAUCAAGACCUGCCUGGAAGAUCGGUUACUAACAAUAGAGCACCGUACAUACUUAUGGGUCUACCUUGUGUUCGAUUCUCUAAAAGACUUUGGUUUCAAAAGGACACCCAAAGGAAUGGCAUCUGCUUUAAUGACACUGCCAAGGAGUGUUGACCAAGUUUACGAACAGAUUUUGAACAAAUCCAAAGACCGCUCGAUGGUUCAGAAGGCUUUGUCCAUCGUCUUAGCGGCAAAUCGACCUCUUACGCUCUCCGAAAUGAGCAUUGCUAUAGAAGUAGAUGGAAUGAAGCAAUCAAUCGAUGACCUCGACCUUGAACAAGAGGAGGAUUUCAAGUCACGUCUUAGGUCGUGGUGUGGAUUGUUUGUCUCCGUCCAUCAUGGCAAGGUCUACCUUCUCCACCAGACCGCUCGUGAGUUUCUUCUUGCUGAAAGGUUGUCUUCCACCACUAUCUCUAAGGAGCUGCAGUGGCAUGGCUUCACUACGAUUGAGGAUGCCCACACUGUCCUUGCGGAAUGCUGUGUGCGAUUCCUAAGCUUCUUUGACUACGAUAGCAGUCUCACUACAGAUCAGAAACGGAACAUCAAGAACCAUGCGUUUCUAGAGUAUUCCGCAAGGUUUUGGGGCCUACAUCUUCGCGAAUCCAGCAUUUGUGAUGACGAAGGGGCAACAGUAGCACCGCUUAUUUUCAACUUAUCCAACCCAGGGUCCAAAGUCUACUCAGUUUGGUCGCGAAUUUACUGGUCUUCGCAAUAUCUAAGAGACCCAAGAUCACUUACGAGUCUUGUGGUUGCAUGUUACUUUGGCCAUCUAGCCGUCGCCAAGAAGUUGCUCGAGAAGGGUGCUGAUAUCAACGCACAAGGUGGAUGGUAUGGGAAUGCACUCCAAGCGGCUUCAUACGAAGGCCACGAGCAGAUCGCGAUGCUGCUGCUCGAAAAGGGUGCUAAUGUCGACG